AUGCGCGUCUGUGUGGCUGGUUUAGGAGGAUUGGGGUCGGCGGUUGUGCAUCGGUUAGUGGAGUGCUCAGAAUUGGCGAUUAGUGAGCUGGGAUUAGUGGAUAUGGAUCGAGUGGAAUGGUGUAAUUUGGCCCAUCAGUCUUAUGGUGAAGAUGAAGUUGGUAUGUGGAAGACAGAGGCAAUGCGUAGAAAGUUGCAAAGGGAUGGAUUUAGUGGUGAAAUUAGAACUUACUGUCAAGAUGUCAAUUUAGCUAGUCAGACAGUUGGCCGUUUGGCUGAGUAUGAUGUAUACAUUGCCGCAUUAGAUACUUUUCAAGCCCGGGUGAACUUCUACUACUAUAUAGUGAUGGAAUGUACUAAUUCACAGCGAUUGUAUAUUGAUUGUGGAACAGAAAGGUUUAAAGCCCAUUGUUUCUUUACUCAGCGGCCUUCACCAUGUAUCUACUGCUUGAAUUGGCUCUUCCCACCUGAGAAACGACUUAAGAACCUUUGUUCCGUACGGAGUUCAGUUCCACCACCAGAACAGAUGACUAGUGAACGAGUGACCGGAACAAUAAUGACUUUACUGGCCAAAGAAAGUAACAGUCUUGGUCAGGCACAUAGAACAGUACCUAGUGAUCAGAAGAUAGCUGAAGUACUCUACCAUAAAGUAGCCGAACGGUACAACUCUACCUAUGCCGAGCAACCAGUUGAUCAACUUACUGCCAAACAAGUAGAAGAAAUCUCUACUAUGAUUCAGCCCAAUACACCUCCAGUAAACUCAAUCUGUGCUAGUCUUGUUAUACUUGUCCUACUUGAUAAGCUAAAGGCCAAACCAGUCCAACCACUAACCAAUCCGAAUUUAAAUACUAACUUUAUUCUCUAUAUUGGAGAUACAUCUCCAGUACUACACUACCAUGCUUUAGCCGCCGAUCCAAAUUGUCUUAUUUGUGCCGGUUGA